UUCAGAAUGCCCCUUGAAGACCCAUUUCCAGGCAAUUGUUGACAAUGCAACACUGGACUGUGAGGGUGAAAGAAACAUCUUUCAUGCACCCAAAUUUAUUGCCGGUCUGGUAAAUCACCUUCUACCACAUGCAACUUUGUGGUCAUCAAUGAUGCUCGGGGAUCUUGGACGUCAUGGUACUGGUCCUGCUUACCAGCAGCUCAGUAAACUCUAUAGUGACAUUCAGCAAUCCAAGAACCAGAAUUUUACACAAGACAACAGAACCCAAGGAAUCAUGGAGAAAAGCCAGUGGGAUUUGAAAAAAAUCCGUAUCCAGAGAAGGAGACUGACAAGGCUUGAUGACUUUGUGGAAAUUUAUCAAAAAAUGCAUGAUGCCCUCCUGCUUGAAUAUGCAGACAUGAAAAAAUCAAGACAAAAGUCUUUUCGCGUGGAAAUGGAGAAAUGGAAAGACAAACGCAUUAAACGGAAAGGUGUGUACGUGUCACCGUUAGUGACCGAACUGCCACUGAAGAAAAAGAAAACUGAGAUAAAAGGGAAGACCACUGUUCAAACCUUUAAACAGGAACAGCACAAACAACAUGAUGCUCGUCAAAACCAGGAUGAGAGCCAGGAACAAAUAGCCGUUUGCCAAAAAAUAGCAACAUACAUGGCUAAUAAAGUGUCGGUCACAGUAUGGAAAGGAGAUUUAUGUGCCUUCAAAGUGGAUGCAAUUGUGAAUGCAGCUAAUGAAAGUCUCUCUCACAUGGGUGGACUUGCAAAGGCACUGUCUGCUACUGGAGGACGUACUAUCCAAGCAGAGAGUGAUGUCUUCAUUGCCAAAAAUGGCAAAUUAAAGGCUGGACAAGUUGCAGUUACCACAGCAGGCAAACUACCUUGCAUGAAGCUGAUUCAUUUGGUAGGCCCGUGUCUGCAGAAUGACCCCACAGUGCACAUGAUAUCCCAUGCAAAGAAACUUUUAACUAAAGGUAUUUUGAAUGUCAUGACAUGUGCAGAAGAGCACAAAUUUUCAUCUGUUGCCAUUCCAGCAGUGAGCUCUGGAAUAUUCAACUUUCCAGUCUCAAUUUGUGCUGAUGUUGUAGUCACCACAAUCAAAAAGUACAUUAAACAUAAGAACCCCACAAGUCCUCCAUUUGAAAUACACCUGGUAAACAACGAUGAUCCAACCGUGAAGGAAAUGGAAAGGGCCUUCAAAGAGAUCCUUUUGGAGCCACUCUCUGAUGUCAGGAGGACAAUCGAGGGGCCAGAGGAUUCUCCAUCUACACUGGAAAGGACAGAGCACCUUGAGAGAAACACAACCGGUCUAACAAAGGACACUGCAUCACAGGUCGCAUAUUUGUGGAAACAACAGGAAACGGAAGUUGUUGUUUCUGUGGUCCCAUCUCAGAUUAGAGGUAACAACUUUGUCAUACGUCACAGUGAGUUCCUGACCCUUAGACCACACAGCUGGCUUGUUGGAGAGGUAUGUAAUCCAGGUAUUAACCCGCCUUCCCCCCAAAAGUACUGCAUAAGGAUAACGUUAAAGCUGGGGCAGAACAUUAGUUGUUCCCUACACAUUCAGUAAGUACUGCUUUAGAUCUACAUUCCAGGCAUAUCCU